AUGGACAAGUUCCGGAUGAUCUUCCAGUUCCUGCAGUCCAACCAGGAGUCCUUCAUGAAUGGCAUCUGUGGCAUCAUGGCGCUGGCCAGCGCCCAGGUGUAUUCAGCCUUCGACUUCAACUGCCCCUGUCUGCCGGGCUACAACGCGGCCUAUAGUGCUGGCAUCCUGCUGGCACCACCCCUGGUGCUCUUUCUGCUUGGCCUGGUCCUGAACAACAACGUGUCCAUGCUGGCAGAAGAGUGGAAGCGGCCACUGGGCCGCCGGGCCAAGGACCCCGCUGUACUGCGCUACAUGUUCUGCUCCAUGGCUCAGCGUGCCCUCAUCGCACCUGUCGUCUGGGUGGCCGUCACGCUGCUCGACGGCAAGUGCUUCCUCUGUGCCUUCUGCACUGCUGUGCCCGUGACCGUGCUGGGCAAUGGCAGCCUGGUGCCCGGCCUACCUCUGCCCGAGCUCACCCGCCUGCUGGCCCGGGUGCCCUGCCCAGAGAUCUACGAUGGCGACUGGCUGCUGGCCCGCGAGGUGGCCGUGCGUUACCUGCGCUGCAUCUCCCAGGCCCUGGGCUGGUCCUUCAUUCUGCUGACCACACUGCUGGCAUUCGUCGUGCGCUCCGUGCGGCCGUGCUUCACGCAGGCUGCCUUCCUGAAAAGCAAGUACUGGUCCCACUAUAUUGACAUCGAGCGCAAGCUCUUCGAUGAAACAUGCACAGAGCAUGCUAAGGCUUUUGCCAAAGUCUGUAUCCAGCAGUUCUUCGAGGCCAUGAACCAUGACCUGGAGCUGGGUCACACCCGCGGGGCACUAGCCACAGCCCCUGCUGGUUUACCUGCCCCAGCUACUGCCGGUGGCACUGAGGAGGAGCGGGAGAAGCUGCGAGGCAUCACUGAUCAAGGUGCCAUGAAUAGGCUGCUCACAAGCUGGCAUAAAUGCAAGCCACCCCUGAGGCUGGGCCAGGAGGAGCCACUGAUGGGCAAUGGUUGGGCUGGGGGCAAGCCCCGGCCUCCACGCAAGGAGGUGGCCACCUACUUCAGCAAAGUAUGA